CUGAUCUCUUCCCUCAUUCCUCAUUCCUCGCACUUCUUCCUUCAUUCUCUCACAAUGGCCGUUGCACACCUCAUUUUGCUUAAGAUCAAGUCCUCCCUCACAGAAGACCAGGCCCAGGAUAUCCUCAAGGCCGUCGCUGCGCUCAAGGACCAACUCCCCGAUGUGGUCGAAUCCGUCCACCUCGGAACCAACUUCUCGGCACGCUCCAAGGGCUUCACCCACGGCUUCACUAUGAUCUUCAAGGACAGAGCCGCCCUCGAGACCUACGACAAGUCGUCCGAGCACAUCAAGGUUGUUCAGGAGGUCAUCCGCCCUAACAUUGAUGAUCUCAUCUGUGUGGACUAUGAUGUGGUCGACUACUCUAUCCCUCGCCUUUAGAUUCUACUGUGAUAGAAGAGAUUGCCUCACAAAGGUCUAACACCAGUUGCAGCUUUCGCGUGCCAUAUCCAGAUAGAAUAAAAAAUCCUUUAUGUCGCGCAUACAUCCCCCAUGGUCGGGUCAUAGCUGUAACCCCAAUAAUAAAAAUACAUACCACGAUAUCUGCUGUGGGUUAACAGAAA